AUGGGCACUUCCAGUUACGCUUCGGACUCACUUAGUACUAACGCUCCCGCGUCGUUUCAAAACCUCAUCAACAACGUCCUCAGUCCAUAUCUCGAUACCUUUGUGAGAUUCUACCUCGACGACAUUUUGAUCUACUCCAAGUCGCAAGCCGAGCACGUCUUACACGUCCAAAAGUUCUCGACAAACCUCAAGAAGCUCAGCUAUUAG